AUGGCUGCCCUCCCGCAGUAUGACUGGAUCAUCGCCCUGAUCAGCAUCGCCUUCUGCGGCAGCUCUUUCGGAAACGGCGCCAACGAUGUCGCCAACUCCUACGCCACCUCGGUGGCCGCCCGCACCCUGACCAUGCCCCAGGUCGGCUUUCUGUCCAUGUUCACCGAGUUUUUUGGCGCCGUCGUCCUCGGAUCCCGCGUCACCGGAACGAUCAAGAACAAUAUCAUCGGCCUCGAUCGCUUCCGCGGGACCCCCGCAACCCUCAUCCUUGCCAUGGGCUGUGCCGAGUUCGCCAGUGCCUUCUGGUUGCUCACUGCCACCAAGAUUGGAUACCCUGUCUCAACAACGCAGACCAUCGUCGGUGCCUUGGUUGGCGUUGGCAUAGCUGCGGAAGCUGGCGUAUCUUGGGGCUGGAAGGAUGGAAGCGUGUCCCAGGUUGCCGCAUCUUGGGUCAUCGCCCCUUUGAUCUCUGCAGUCUUCUCCGCCAUUCUCUUUGGAAGUCUCAAAUUCGCUGUCCUCGAGCGCAAGAACCCCUUCGAGAAAGCAAUGAAGGCCAUUCCGUUUUACCUCGCCUUUACCGCUGCAGUUCUCGCCCUGUUCAUUAUCAUCGAGGCCCCUGGUGCGCCGUCACUCGAGGAGCUCGGUGCCGGCAUUGCAUGCGCAAUCGUCUUGGGUACCUUCUUUGGUGCUCUUCUUCUCGCCUACGUCUUCUUCCUGCCAUAUGUCCACCGAAGGCUUGUGAAGCAAGACACGCGCAUCCGACUGCGUCACGUCUUCCUUGGGCCCUUGUUGUGGAUGGAGAACCCGCCCAUCUAUCUGCCUGCAAAGGGCGACGAGGUGGUUGUCGACUACAACGCCAGGAUUGUAUCCCCCAAUGACAAUGAGGACAUUGAGAAGCAAAAGGCCAAGACCGAGUCUAGUGCCGACAAGGGAGAGAAGCUCGUCAACGACCAUUCCCCGACCAGCCCGACCGCCGCACCCUUGUCUCUUGAGGACGUUGAGCGCGGCAAGACAGCACCCCCCGCGAGCGCUUACAAACGUAUGCCUGAACCUGAGGAACGCUUCCUUGCUCCAACGGCUCACCUUCCCAUUCACAACCCCAAGCGUAUUUGGAGCUUCAUCAAGUAUAUCUUUCUUCAAGGAGUCACGCGUGACUGCGUCAACCACGCUGAUACCCAGCUUGCCUCCGUUCAUGGAAAAGCCAAGCAAUACGAUAUUCGCGCUGAGCACCUGUUGACGUACGCCCAAGUCGCCAGCGCCAUGAUGAUGUCCAUUGCUCACGGCUCCAACGAUGUUGCCAAUGCAGUCGGGCCUUGGAUUGCGGCGUACCAGGUCUACAUGACGGGCGAAGUGUCCGAAAAAGGCGAAAGCCCAAUCUGGAUUCUCGUUGUCGCCGGCUUUCUCCUCGGUGCUGGCUUCUGGUUCAUGGGCUAUAAGAUUAUAAGGGCAAUGGGAAACAAGAUGACCUCCGUUACACCCAGCCGAGGCUUCAGCAUGGAAUUGGGCGCAGCCAUCACCGUUUUGGUUGCCAGUCGUCUUGGCCUUCCUGUCAGCACCACGCAAUGUCUGACUGGUUCCAUCGUCGGUGUUGCCUUGAUGAACUUCGAUGUUCGCGCUGUGAACUGGCGCCAGGUUGCCUUUGUGUUCUCUGGCUGGUUCAUCACACUACCCUGCGCGGGUUUGAUUGGUGGCUUGUUGAUGGCGAUGUCCCUCAACACCCCCCAGUUCGGCCAGGGAUAA